AUGGAAUUUUCGAGUGUUGGUGAUGAGUUGAGUGUUGGUGAUGAAGUAAAUAGCUGUAUGGCGAAUGAACGAAUGGAUCAAUUAUGCGUGGUGAAUGAUCUAGACGUGUAUAAAACAACGUUUUGUUGGUGGACGGGGUGUGCAGGAGAUGCAAUAGAUGAGACACUGGAGUUUUGUGUGCCUUUCACUGAGGAUAAGCACGAGGAUUGGGUUCAUGAGUUUAAAAGAUGCAAAUGCAGCGGCAUUAAAGCACUAAUAAAGAUGAACAAGAAUCUCAAUGGCAUUAAGGCAUGUGAUCAUGGAAGCAUCACUACUAAUGAAGAUAAUAUGAAAACACUACAUCGAUUCACAAAGAAUGCAGUUGAGUUUCAAGUAAGUAACUGUGUUUAUUCAGCACUAGCAACCAACUUCUAUAUCAACAGUGAUGAUUCAGAUAGCGAAGACCUAAACAGCUUACGUUUUGGUAAUCGUCAUUACUUCCAAUAG